AUGGACGGUCAGAUUCCAUCAUGGAUUUCAACUCAGUUCUCGUUGGGUUCCUUGACACUAGCUGACAACGGUCUUGUUGGAGAAAUUCCCACUUGGCUAUGGGCCAUGGCUGCUUCAUCCUUUUAUGAACUAAAUAUCUCACAGAACCAUCUGCAUUGGUCCCUUUUCCCAAAUGGUCCGAAUUCUAGGAUAGCAAUCUUGGAUGUCUCUAGCAAUGCAUUAAGUGGAAAUAUACCUUCCGAGUGGCCAAGUCUAUUAAUACCAGUUCCGGGGUAUCCUUUUCGGUUGAGGCUCAAUGAUAAUUUGUUUACCGGCAACAUUCCUCCAAGCUUCUGCAAUUCGUAUCCAUGGAUACAGUUACGUCUUGAAAACAACAUGUUGGAUGGUACGAUUCCUUGGUUUUUAGUUGAAGAUGGAUCAACCGUGUAUGACUUAAAUUUAGUAGGUAAUAAUCUGGAGGGAAGGAUGCCCGAAGGACUAAUCUUCUCGACUAUCAUUGAGUACUUGGUACUUAGAAAUAAUCAGCUCAGCGGAAACUUCCCUCCCUCAUUUACCAAUGAUGCAAUUUUACAAUAUCUUGAUAUUGGGCACAACAAAUUCACAGGACAUCUUCCAAAGUCAAUUGGGAAUUUUUUAUCUCUUCAAGUGCUGGUAAUGAACGACAAUCAGUUCAGCGGUAACAUUCUUUCAGAACUUGGGGACCUGAAGCAGCUCCAGAUCCUAGACCUUUCGUCCAACAACUUGUCAGGCUCUAUUCCACACAAUAUUGUAUUUUUACGCGCAAUGGCUGCAGCAAUAGAGGAUGGCUAUGUUUUGCAGAGUAGUGUGCAAUAUGAUGAGGGUAUUAAUAGGCUGAGCUCCUCUCUUGGUGGACUGAAUAUGGCCUCCAAAGGUACAGAACUAUACUACACAUAUAUUCUUUCCACACUCACUAGCAUAGAUCUCUCCAACAAUCAAUUGAAUGGAGAUGUUCCUCUUGAUCUUGGAAAGUUGAAGGGGUUGAGGUUUCUGAAUCUAUCCAUGAACAGUCUUAAUGGAAUUAUUCCACGUAGCUUGGGGGAUAUGAGUCAACUUGAAUCGUUGGACCUUUCUUCAAACAAGCUUUCAGGAAAUAAUCCUUCAGAGCUUCAAUCUUUGAGCUAUUUGGCAUAUUUGAAUUUAUCCAACAACAACCUCUCAGGUAAUAUACCGCAAAGAGGACAAAUGAUCACAUUUGAAAAUACAUCAUAUGCUGGAAAUCCAAGUUUGCAGGGAUGCCCACUUCCAAAGAAUUGCAAUUGGCCCAAAUUUGCUCCUCCUCAUCCUGUGAGUGAAGCUGUAAGUAAAGAUGAAGAGGAGAGCCAGCAAAUACCUUGGUAUGAAAUCGGACUAGGAUGGUCAUAUGGAGCAGGAUUUUUGAGUAUAGUAGUGUUGUUGCUUUUAGUCAGAGAGAGCUGGAGAAAGAAAUACUUCAAGGGGGUUGAUGACAUUUUGAAGUUUAUGUUUCCUUUCGUGCGUAAUAGGACAUUAUGA